GCUUCAAUUAUUUAGCAUGGCUUUCUUCUCUCCCUCUUCUCUCUCUUCUUCCUUGUCUCCGAGUCUCCUAAUUGACCCUCUCCGCUCUAUACAACCCCAGCAGCUCUGAUUUGUGUAUUGUUCUAUUAAUCUUUCUAAUCUCCUCAUUCACCAUGGCUGCCACUCUCUUCCGCAGCUCUACCCGUGCAGCUCUCCGUGCCGGAGCUUCGGCUACUCGCCCUGCAGCUGCCGGGAUCGCGGGCAUGACCUUUACCCGUGGAAAGGCUACUCUGCCUGACCUGCCCUACGACUACGGUGCGCUGGAGCCCUCUAUCUCUGGUCAGAUCAUGGAGCUUCACUACACGAAGCAUCACCAGACCUAUGUUACCAACUACAACAACGCCGUCGAGCAGCUCCAAGAGGCCCAGGCUAAGAACAACAUUGCCGCUCAGAUCGCUCUCAAAGGGGCCAUCAACUUCAACGGAGGUGGCCACCUGAACCACAGUCUGUUCUGGGAGAACCUGGCACCCAAGAGCGCCGGUGGUGGAGAGCCACCCUCCGGUGCCCUGGCCAAGGCCAUCGAUGAGACCUACGGCUCGCUCGGCAACUUCCAGACCAAGAUGAACACGGCUCUGGCAUCCAUCCAGGGAAGUGGAUGGGCUUGGCUGGUCAAGGACACUGCAACUGGCAACAUUGGAAUCAAGACCUACGCCAACCAGGACCCUGUUGUGGGCCAGUUCGUCCCCCUUCUUGGAAUUGAUGCCUGGGAGCACGCCUACUAUCUCCAGUACCAGAACCGCAAGGCCGAAUACUUCAAGGCGAUCUGGGAGGUCAUCAACUGGAAGGCGGUUGAGAAGCGGUUUACCUAAACAGGGGAAGAGGGGGGACUAUGUGUACACAGGCAAUAUAGGUUGAACAGAUCCGUUUGACUCUGAUGCCAAGAGCAUCUCCG